CCUGGCGCAGGGCUGCAGAUCCUACCAAAACUAGACCUUCCCUCCCCAAAGUGCUGGACAGCCGCGGCUGGUCGAUUUUAUUGCUCCUGUCUGAAAUAUGCCUUAUAACUUUACAAGUUUUCAGAAGACCCCUGUGUUUCACUGGGAUAGGAAUAUUGCAUCUGCCUCAGAGCAGGAGGAUGUUAAAUGUAUUGCAGCUUAAUUCUGUUCUACUUUAAACCUAGAUAAAGAAUGAAGACUGUCUGUGCCAUUUUGAUUACCUCUCCUAGGGUCCAAAGAGAGAAUCAUUGCCCCUGACCUUCAUGUGCUAAUGGCUCAGCUUGAUCUAACUGGUAUACAGAUAAACUUGAUGUUAAACAAAAAAUUCUGGUAGGAAGAACUACCUCAAUGUCCAAAAUUCUUCUUCCCCUGCUGCUAUCAGUGGCUUUCUGUAACCAUCUAAAAACUGAACUACACAAAGUCACAAGAAGCUUCUGUAUGAAUGGACAAUGCUGCCAUCAUCCUCUUGAGAGAUGAGACGAAGGACCCUUCACAAUGACAGCUCUGCAAGUCCCAGAUACCAGAGUGGAGCAUUUGGAGUUUCAGGCUUUGUCUCCAGAGUGAUCUUCGUUCUUGUUAAGCUCAUUUCACCUCUUGUCACAAGUUUUGCUUUUGGGAUUUAGACCGUCCUUAGCCACGGAACUCCUGUGUAAAUCAUUUCCUUCCCUCCCUCAGUUUUUCACAAAGACUGCCAAUAGGACUGUUAAUGAAAUAGGCAUAGCCAAUGUUCACAGGGUUUCACUGUGUACCAGUAGCACCUCUUGCCUCAGAAUGCCUUACAAACUCCACCCGGCACGCCUGUCCCGCUCUGCAGCUCCUCAUGAAAUUCCUGGUCACUUAGGCACCACCUUAGUUUUGCAGUCUGACUUCUAGGGACGUCUCAGCACAUAGAACCUCAUACAAUAAGUCAGAUGUCAGCCAGAGGUGCCUUUCAGGUCUGAGAGCUCUCUCCUUCAAUGUAUUCAGAGCUAAAGAGACCAUGCGUGCAUCCUGCGGGGUGAUCCCAUCCGCCUAAGGGCAGCAUCCUGAAGUGACCGGGGAUGGCAGAAGGAGGGCACGCUGGCGCUCCUCCUGUCCGACUCUGGGUACGACGUGUAGGUGUUUACUGUGAUGAGAACCGCAAAACGUGGCUUGUGGCUGCAGAAGAGGAGGAAGGUAUGCUGAGGGCUCGGAUCCAAAGAGUUCAGGUUCCCCUGGGUGAGGCUCUGCGACCCAGCCAGCUACCCCCAUCCCGGCUGCCUCAUAUGUGGCAGCUGUCCCAGGGUGAGCAGUACAGGGAUAGUAACUCUCGCGUUUGGGAGAUAGAGCACCAUCUCAUGCUUGGUGGUGUUGAAGAACUGCUGCUUAAACUCGUGCCUGGUGAUUAAUCUGUUCUCUGAACAUGCCCCAGAAGGAUCCCUGCCA